AGCUGGCAGGCUUAGAGGGAGAUAAUGAGCAUGGAUGAGACGGGCAGCAGGAACAGCAGCCUCCAGAGGAAGAAGCCGCCAUGGCUCAAACUGGACAUCCCAACUAUCCAGCUGACGCCAGAUGACACGCCAACUCUCACCCAGCCGGCAAAGCGUGUGCGCAGUGUCAGCAUGCCUGGGGAAAAUCCGCAUACAUGUAUAGCUGCCUUGGAAAGUUCCAACAACUACCUCAAACCUCCUCUGGAGAGACUGCCCUCUUUCACUGAGUCCAUCAAGAAUGAAAAAAGGGUCCACUUUGACCGUGUAAAUACAGUUCCCCCGAAGGGCCAGAGGGGCCUAAGAAGGGUGUCAACCUCCCGAAGGCGGUCCUGUGUCCCCAAAAUCCUGUCCAGACGGCGUUCUUCUAUACCCAAACAGAUCAUCAGGGGUACGGCUGACUGGUUCGGAGUGAGCAAGGACAACGACAGCACCCAGAGAUGGAGGAGGAGAAGCCUGCAGCACUGCAGCCAUCUAUACGGGGGUCUGAAGCCACAGGUGAUGAGGGAGAUGGAGCUGCACAGCCAAGACAAUCUUUCCCUGGCGAGCACUGAGACCCCUCCACCCCUAUAUCUCCCACCCCACCACCUGAGUUACCACCAUCAGUAUGCCAUGCAGAGGAUUGUAGACCCCUUGGCUCGGGGUCGAGCUUUCCGCGCGGUGGAAGAGGUGGACGGGCUCAGCGUCCCACAAACGCCACUCACACCUGGCUCCGCGUCCCUCUGCUCAUUUUCCAGCUCUCGCUCUGUCCUCAACCGGCUGCCGAGACGACGGAAGCGGGACUCUGUCGCCGUCAUGAGUCUCAGAGCCGCGGCAGCACUGAUGAAGGGCCGAACUUUGGGUGAGAGCACUCCUGGGCAAUGCCGCAGACGGAGUUUCGUGCCUCCUAGUAUCUUUGAAGAUGACACUGUAGAUUUCCCUGAUGAGCUGGACACUUCCUUCUUCACCAGAGAUGGCCUGCCAGAGGAGUUGUCCAGCUAUGCUGAUGAGGUGUUUGAGACACCAUCAGAGGCUGAAAUCAAACAGUUGGAUGAGAGUGUGCUCACGGGAAGCGCAUUAGAUAAGAAUAAAUUAGAGAGAAGUCAUCUCAUGCUGCCAUUAGAGAGAGGAUGGCGAAAGGCGAAAGAUGGCACUUUGGUUCAGCCUAAAGUACGUCUGAAACAGGAGGUGGUGAGUGCCGGCCAACGCCAGCGGGGACAAAGAAUUGUGGUUCCGGUUCAGAAGCUGUUUACUCGAGAAAAAAGGCCAUACGGGCUUGGCAUGGUCGGUCGACUCACAAACCGGACAUACCGCAAGCGUAUUGACAGCUUUGUCAAGAGGCAGAUUGAAGACAUGGAUAAUCACAGGCCCUUUUUUACUUACUGGAUUACAUUUGUCCAUUUGCUCAUCACCAUCCUGGCCGUCACUAUUUACCAUAUCGCCCCCGUCGGCUUCAGCCAACAUGAAACCGUGGACUCUGUUUUGAGAAAUAAGGGAGUUUAUGAAAACGUUAAGUUUGUGCAACAACAGAACUUCUGGGUGGGCCCAAGCUCUGAGGCACUGAUUCAUCUGGGAGCCAAGUUUUCUCCUUGCAUGCGGCAAGACGAAGAGAUCCACAAACUGAUCCAGGAGAAGAAAGCAAAGGAGAGAGAAUCUGGCUGCUGCGUGAGAAACGACCGCUCGGGCUGUCUGCAGACGUUACAAGAGGAGUGCUCGAGCACCCUGGCGGUGUGGGUUAAGUGGCCUCAUCACCCCAGUGCUCCUUAUUUAAAUGAAACAUUACGCCAGCAUGGUUCAGUCUGCCAUCAGGACCCGAGAAUUUGCCAGGAGCCAGCCUCAGUCCCACCUCAUGAGUGGGCAGAUGACAUCACACAGUGGCCAGUUUGCACAAGAUAUAACACCGGAAAUCACACUAACCUUCCCCAUAUAGACUGCACCAUCACAGGCCGGCCUUGUUGCAUCGGGACCAAAGGACGGUGUGAGAUCACUUCCAGAGAGUACUGUAACUUCAUGCAGGGUUACUUCCACGAGGAAGCCACUCUCUGCUCUCAGGUGGCCUGUAUGAAUGAUGUUUGCGGGUUGUUGCCUUUUCUCAACCCCGAGAUCCCAGAUCAGUUUUCCCGUCUGUGGCUGUCUCUAUUUCUUCAUGCUGGGAUUCUGCACUGCGUGGUGUCUGUGCUGUUCCAGAUGACGGUGCUGAGGGACAUCGAGAAGCUGGCUGGCUGGCUGAGGAUCUCUAUUAUUUACAUGCUAAGCGGUAUCACUGGUAACUUGGCCUCUGCCAUCUUCCUGCCCUACAGAGCAGAGGUCGGUCCUGCAGGCAGCCAGUUUGGCAUCCUUGCCUGUCUGUUUGUGGAGCUGUUUCAGAGCUGGCAGAUCCUGGAGCGGCCAUGGCGGGCGUUCGCUAAGCUGCUAGCCAUCUCGAUCUUCUUCUUCUCCUUCGGUCUGCUCCCUUGGAUAGACAACUUUGCGCACAUCUUUGGUUUUGUUUCAGGUUUCUUUCUGUCAUUCGCGUUUUUGCCAUACAUCAGCUUUGGGCCCUCUGAUAUGUACCGAAAGCGGGUCCAGAUCUGCGUCUUCCUUUUUAUCUUUGUGGGUCUGCUCGCCGCUCUGGUCGUGCUCUUCUACGUCUACCCAGUGAAAUGCGACUGGUGCGAGUACCUCACGUGCAUCCCAAUCAAUGACAAGUUCUGUGAGAAAUACGACUUGAAUGCACACCUCCUCUGAACAUUUUUGCCAUUCAGACGCAAGGUAUCAUUUCUUAGCGUUGAGUUUCCUGAAUGAUGGAGGUACAACAACAGAAUUUAGGGCUGAGCCGGAAAAUUUUUUCAGGAUUAUGGACCUUCAAAUGCCCAGAUUAAUUGAAAAAGGCACAGCAGACUCCUUUAUGAGUGAAGGCUACACGUGGAAAACCUUACAGAAAUAGACUAGUUGGACCAACUUGAAGUUCACAGAAAAAAAUUAUGGCUAUGUGUGAUUGAUCAUUUACUGGGUAAUUUCGAAGAUCAAUGACACUGGUGGGAAUUUUUAUAAAGAGCUACCCCAAUUAAGUGUAACUUUCUUGAAAAGCAUAUUUAAUAGGGCUUCUUCAAGAGGACCACUGUGAAUAAGAUGCAGAAGAUCAUUACUUUGUCCUAUUUUUAACUGAUGUUCAGCCCUAACCUCAAUGGAUACCUAAUGUUUAACUUACUAUGGAAUGAGGUUCUUAAACCCCUCAAUUUGCCUUAAAUACACAAACAUCAAAACACACUUCUCAUGAGAAAUGUGCCAUCAUGCCUGCUUCAUGUAUCAGCCUGUGAAAAAUAAAUUCACAGCCUGAAAGAGACACGUCAGAAGUAUUUUAGCAGUAUUAAUUGUGAUUUUGGACUGUACAUUUGCUAUUUUUAAUACAAUUCCACCACAGCCUUUAAUAAACUUCAUAGACGAACAAUUUAUUUUUUUAUAUUAAUCCUUUGUCACAUGUAACAUCAUUGAAGGUUGUUGGAAUUGUUAAUAACUGCUGUCAUAUUAAAAGUGGUGGCGUUUUAGCUGCCUUACAACAUGUAAAGGCUUUGUACUUGCUUUGGUAAGGGAGG